AUGCUGCCGCUCAGCCUCCUCCGCGCUGCCAGCAACCACAUGAUGCUGGUAGAGUUGAAGAACGGCGAGACAUACAACGGGCACCUUUCAAAGUGCGACAACUACAUGAACAUUACAAUGCGUGAUGUCACCCUCACGUCCAAGGACGGUGAUCGCUUUUGGAAGAUGCCCGAGUGCUACAUCCGUGGCAACAACAUCAAGUUUCUACGCAUCCCUGAUGAGGUCAUUGAUCAGGUGGUCGAGGAGGAGCGCAGCAACAAGAACCGGGUGGGCGGUCGCGGUCGCGGUCGUGGUCGUGGCCGUGGUCGUGGCGGUCGUGGCCGUGGUCGUGGCGGCAGCAGUGAUUGA